UCUACACACGAUAACGCAGAAUACAGCAAAAAUUUUAAUUUGAAAUUUUAUUCAAAAUAUAUUUAAGUAAAAUGUGUUAAAAGUAUUGUAUGUGAAAUAGGAUUUAGUGCUUAGGUGAAAAGUGUAAAAACGCGUUGGACUUUUGGUAGAAUAACGCGCCUAUUUUGUGCUGUUACUCUCCCACAAAUUGUCGUAGUAGUGCUGUGCAGUGUUUACUUACUAUUUUGGUGAACUUUUUUUUUUUACAAUAAAUUGCAACUUUUGUGAUUAUUAUAAUACGUAAUAUUAUAAAAUCCACUAAGGAAGGCUCUAACAAUGGAUAUCAGUGAUAAUAUGGAUUCUCUAGACGAUUCCACUGCUCUACCCGAAUUAAGUUUUGACGAUCUUUUAGAUCCUUCGCCCAUAAAGAAGAGUAACAAGUCGAGUUUUGAUGAUGAUGCUUUGGAACUGGAUAAUGAACGAAAAAAUCGCACAGAUGAUACCCUCAAUACGCCCGGACCUAAGAAACCACCAUCAAUGCAACAAAAUUUAAACACAACUAUAGUCAUUUCAAGCGGUUCGAAGAUAUAUACACCCGUCAGAACGCAAGCUGUCAAAUUGGGCAACAGUUCAAGUACCUUGAGCAAUGUUAAUAAAAAUAACGGAGGCUCAGCGACAACCCCAGUUUUACUAAACACCAAGAAUGUUUUACCAAAAACAUCGGCCCAAAUUUCAAACAGCUCCAUUAAGUUAACACAAAAAAUAGUGGGUGGUGGUGGUGGUAGUACUGGCACAGCAAAUUUAUCAAUGUCGGGUAAAACUGCGGUAAGAACUUCAAAUGGACAAAUUAUUUACAUACAAAAAACACCAGCACCAUCGAAUGUUAAGGCGACUGCUGGUGCAACAACCGUUAUGAAAUCACAGACUUUGGGCGGCAACAAUUCUAAACCGGUGACUAUUCAAGUCUUGCGUACAGCCGAUGGCAAUUACGUACCCAUCAAGACCACAACAGCUGGAACAAAUGCAAAAAACACCACAUUAACGCUAUCACCCACUAGUUUGGCUGGCAAAAAGAUCAUAUCGUCUGCAGGGGGCCAGGUUAUAAUAAAGGGUACAAUAAAGCCUACAGAUUCUACAGGCACUGCAUCUGCUGCAAAAACAAUGACAACAAAUUCCAUAACAGGUGUCAGAACUAUGGUAAAACCCAUGACUACUUCAUCAUCUUCAAUUAGCGGGCAAAUAAAUGAUUCGAAUAAAUCCAAACCUAUAGUAGUUCAUGGAACGAGUGGCAAGCAAAUCAUAGUAUCGAAUCAAAAUAUUGUAAAAUUAUCACCAAAAACCCAAACUAUAACAACUACGGCCGGCGGAGGUUCUCUUAAUACGUCUACUAGUGGAUCGGGACAGAUACAUGCUAUACAAAUACCUGGUAAAAUAGGUGUACAAUAUGUACGUGUUUUACCCAAUACAAAGGUGCCCGCAAAAACUUUAAAUACCACGGCGACAUCAUCGGUAACAUCCACGGUAUCAGCAGCUACGAAAACAUUGAAUACACCAAACCAGCCUGUAAAAAUUUUAAACUCUUUGCCGCAAAAGUUUACUGUUGUAAAAGGUGGUAAUACGAAAUUGGUGGUGACUCAGAAGAAAGAGGCAACUGAUGGCAAUAAUACGGACUUUUCACCUAUGACUUCUAAGGUUCAAAAGACCAUAGUGACGGUGCCGACAAUAAAGUCUCUGAACGAAGAUAAAAAUAAAAAUCCCCAAACGCAACAGCAACAACAACAGCAGUCUCUAAUUAAAACCACGCUGCCAAAUAUGUUGGCCAUUAAUAGCAGCACAAACCAGUGGUUGAUCCGGAAACAUAAAAUCUCGGAAAUUAAUACAGAAAUACAACGAAUUACUACAACAACAGCUGACAAUGCAGGACCACCGGAAAUUAAAAAGCCCACGCCAAAUAACAGAGUUGUCAUUGCAAAUAAUUCACAACCAAAAAUUCUCAAUAAUAGUAUACAACAACCAGGACGCAUUACGUCUUCUGUCUCCAUACCCACUAAACCGCACACCACCUCUACCACAAGCAAAAUUGGUGGUGGAAAUAUGGUGCAGGUCACCCAAGUAACACAAAAUGGCAAUAAAUUGUAUACAGUUUUAAAGCCCUCAUCGGUUGAUCAGAAAACUAACCCGAAACUAUAUAGAGUACUGAAAACAAAUAAUCAAACAUCGUCAGCAACAACAUCAGCUAAUGGAGACACCACCAAUAAACCUUUGAUUAACAAACAGCAACUAAUACAACAUCAGCAGCAGAAACAGCAGCAAUUUAAAAAACAACAGCAACAAACUGCAAAUACAAAAUCUUUAAAUACAGCAACAACGUCCUCGUCCUCGUCGUCGUAUUUAUUGCCAAUUCAAAUUAAAGAAGAGCCAGAAGACUCAAACUCAACCGCAACCAGCAAUGCAGAGGCAACGGCUGCUCUACUCAAUUUACCCACAUCUAUGGGCGAAGAGGAGCCCGAAGCUUUAGAUCCGAUGGUGGGUGGUGUACGUCGCAAACAUUGUAACUGCAGUAAAUCACAAUGUUUAAAAUUAUAUUGCGACUGUUUUGCCAACGGGGAAUUCUGUCAGGACUGUACGUGUAAAGAUUGCUUCAACAAUUUGGACAACGAAGAUGAACGUCAGAGGGCCAUAAAGGCUUGUUUGGAAAGAAAUCCAAAUGCUUUUAAGCCAAAAAUUACAUCUUCAAGAGAUCAGGCUGAUAUGCGUUUACAUAAUAAAGGAUGCAACUGCAAACGUUCUGGAUGUUUGAAGAACUAUUGUGAAUGCUAUGAAGCUAAAAUUCCUUGCAGUUCGAAUUGUAAAUGUGUGGGAUGUCGCAAUGUUGAAGAUCGACCAGACUUGGAUAUGGACCCAAUAGAUCCACAAAUUAUGGCCACUAUAGCAAUGGGCGGUACAACAGAUAGCCUAACACUUAAACGUAGCUAUGAAAAAUCUCAAAGAGAUUUUAGUGGAUCGUUACCAGGCGUUACCAUUAAAACUGAAAAACUUUCUAAGGAUUCAGUUAAGCCUUUCAGUAGUUAUGACGCAACGGCUGGAGCUGUUUCACCUACACCAGAGCGCCAGCAGUGUAAUUUUAUUACUCAAGAAGUAAUUGAUGCCACAAUUCAGUGCAUGAUAACCCAGGCCGAUGAAUGUGAAAAGAAUAAUUUGCCAGUGUAUCAAACGGAAAAAAUGGUUAUGGAAGAGUUGGGCCGUUGCUUGGUAGAAAUUAUUGACUUUUCCAUACGCAAUACUGAUAAUAGUUAUUCUCAAGAUUAAGUGUUAUAAUUAAUAAUCCAUAUAUUGUAAAGAUGUUAAAUACAUACACCACGUAAUACAUACAUACACCUAAGCUGCGAAGUCAGUCAUAGUUUUUAUUUUAGCUGAAAGCCUUAAGAUUGUUAAAUUAUGCUGGUGGUGUAUCACAGGCAAUUUGGGUGAAAAUUGUAACCACUCUAUUUCUGUCCAUUUCGAAAUAAUUUAAGAUAAAUGCACGAGUGUAAGAUGAGUUUCGAAGUGUGUUACUUGCUAAACCUGUUAAUUGUGUAUGUAUAAAAAUAAAAUCACAGAUUUUAAAAAUGUCCCACAAAUGUUAUUUAUAUUAAAAAUGUUGAAAUUAAGAGUUUGACCAAGAUGGAUUAUUAUCAUUUUAAAUAUGCUUAAAAAUUCGAUUCUUUUAAUAUGUAGUACUAAUACCAACUAACUAAUAAAAAUUUAUAUAACAACGUAUUUAUAACCUCUUAAACUAACUGUAUAUAAUAAUAAAAACUCUUUAAAAAUCUGAGCUAUCUGAUUGGCUCUAAUUAAAUUGGUCUUGCAAAACUUUCUGAAAGUUUUUACAUUUAUUUUAGGCUUUCGUUUAAAACAAUUUCUUUUUUUUAUAAUUUUUUCGAUUUGUUUUUCUUUUAUUAUAAAUUAAAUUAAAAAUAACUUGACUUUUAUCCCUUUCUGAUUGAUAUCUAUUCAAAAUUACAAAUUUUUAAUGAUAAUCAUAAACAUAUUAAUGUUCGGUUCUAUUUGUAAGUUAAAUAAUUUACUUUAUUGUAAAUGUAAAAAAAAAUAUUUUAAUAAAAAUAUACGUAUAAAGUUGAA